AUGGACGAAAUAAGUUUGGUGCAGAUAUGUGAAUCUAACUUUAAAGAGGCUGAUAUAACGACCGCUAAAAACAUUGUCUUCGAAGCAAUAAACUGUCGAUCUACAAGAAAAGGGGACGGCAAGAACAAACGACUACUACAGGAUAUUAUUAAAGUCCUAAAAGAAACAGAGCCCGCUUCAUUGCCCACCUUCGUGGCGAAAGAUCUACACCGUCUUCCGCCGGUGACCUUCGACUACGUGGAUGUAACGAGCCUACUUAAAGAUAUCUUAGUGCUUAAACAAAGCAUCCACUGUAUCCAAACAGAUUACAUAAAAGCAUCGGAAUUGUUUCAAUUACAGCAAGAGAUAGAAAAUAUUAAAAGUAGUCAAUAUCAGGCACAAAGUGAGCAAAAUAUUGGCGCGAAAUAUAACAACGGCUCAUUUUUAAAUAACGAAGCCAAGCGCGUCCCGAGUGCGUCGUCUUUGCGGCAGCAAGCAACGUCCAGCGCGCAUGCGCCUUGUUGCAUUCCGUCGUCGACACCGUUGCCGUUCCGCACGCCCGCGCAGGGCGCCACCGCUGCGCCCGCCACUGCUUCUGUACAGGCGCCGCCCCCCGCGCCCGCAACACCGUCGCUUCCCGCGCGCUCGAUCGCGCCGCGCGUGACCCCGUCAGCUGAUCGCUUUGACAACGAUAUAACUAUAAUUCCUAAAGCUACCGAAUUGCAAAGUUGCCCUGUGAAAACGACGGAACUAAUAGAUAACACCUUUGAUGAAAUACAAUUUGAUGAUAGUUUUACGACUGUCGUAAACAAGAAGAAGAAAAAGACUUAUACAGGCGAUAGGAUUCCCAAUCAGCGGGGAAAAGCUAUACUUACCUCCAGCAAACUUAAAAUAGUGCCUAAAUUAUCUUACAUAUACGCCUCUAGAUUUGAUAAACAUACCACGGAAAGCGACAUCUACGAUUUUAUUAAGGACUGUGGACACACGGUCAUAAAGGUUGAAAAACUUGUCCAAUACAAAGAGACAGCAUUUUCGUCGUUUAAAAUUACGAUUACACAAGACCAGGAAAACAUUUUCCUUAGCGCUGAGUUCUGGCCGUGUGGAGUUGAAUACAGGAAAUACACGUUUAAACGCAAGUUUUAUAAGAACGACAACAAUACCAGACCUAAAAAUGAAGACUAG